AAACACAUGGCGCCUAUACGUCUAAGCUAAAAUAUUUCAACAAUUCAAUCGGUUAAAAGAACAACAUUAGCGUUAUUUCAAUUGAUCCCGAGUUUUCCUGCAGGCGAUCUGCGAGCGGCACGCUGGUCCUGAUUAGACUGCUUCACUCAGAACCGAAUGUGUUUUCGGGAGGGAAACUUCACAGCUUUGGUACCGAGUCAAACACGGUUCGAGUGAGCGGGCCCAGAAGACGAAUAACACUGGGAUUCUCAAGGAUCAGUGGUCAUGUCUGGCAUUGCUCUGAGUCGACUUGCACAAGAGCGCAAAGCAUGGAGGAAAGACCAUCCAUUCGGCUUUGUUGCUGUGCCGACGAAAAACCCUGACGGCACCAUGAAUCUUAUGAACUGGGAAUGUGCUAUUCCAGGAAAGAAGGGGACUCCAUGGGAAGGAGGUCUGUUUAAGUUAAGGAUGCUGUUUAAAGACGACUACCCCUCAUCACCCCCAAAGUGUAAAUUUGAGCCUCCGCUCUUCCACCCGAAUGUGUAUCCGUCAGGAACGGUGUGUCUUUCCAUCCUGGAGGAGGAUAAAGACUGGAGACCUGCCAUCACCAUUAAACAGAUCCUGUUAGGGAUUCAGGAGCUCUUAAAUGAACCGAACAUACAGGAUCCAGCUCAGGCAGAGGCGUACACUAUAUACUGUCAGAAUAGAGUGGAGUACGAGAAAAGAGUUCGUGCACAGGCCAAAAAAUUCUCCCCGUCGUAAAGCGAGACCGAGACGAAUGGAAAGAGGGAUUAUGUGAAUACUCGUGCUAUCCUCUCACCGGGACUAAAAGGACUUAAAAUAUGAUGUCUGUGCCAUCAACCCCAAACCCUUCCCAUGAACCACAAAAUUUACACUCUUACACACUCCUCCUCUUCCCUUUUAAUUUCAUUUAGAACACAGUCAUGAAUUCAGUAUCCACAGGUCUUGUUGCAUUUCAAACCAGCUUGUAAGAAAUCACAUCAACUUCAGUCUUCGAUCGAAGCGGACUGUUGGGAUUUUAGCUCCUUUAUUCAUUUGGCGUCUGUCUGCGUGCUUACGUGCACUCGUCAUUUUAUUAUGUUUGUAAAGUUUCCCCUCGAAAACGUGCGAGCGAGUGUGCGUGUGUGUGUUCCAGCGUGGCUCUGGUUUAGAGGUUGGUUUGUUGCGUCAUAUAUGUGGGAUAGUGCCUCGCGGUGACAUUUCCCCUCAGAAUGCUGAUCUAGGACCAGUUUCCUCUCCAUUGGGCCUGUUUGUGUUUGACCAGCCACAUGGUCUUAGAUCUUUCUAGGAUUGUCUAAUGCUGAUUCGUUGAAUAAAGUCCAGAGUAAUUGCUCCUGUGAGCAGCAGAACCAGAGUCCAAUUCUCUUAAACAUGCUGUACAUGGUUUCUUGUUUGUUUGAUGGGAACAUGUGUCCUGUGUUCACACUGAUUGUGUCUGUAUGUUUAAUAAAGCUCUUUCUACAAAA